AUGGCAAGUAAAGUGUUUUACUUUUUUGUGUGGCUGCUAAUUUUCAGCAAUGUAUUUGCCGAAUAUGGAGAUAUUGUGAUGACAGAUGAUGAUGAUAUAAACCCUGUAGUUGAAGCCUCACCGGACGCUGCCGAUAAUAAGCGCGCCGGACGUCACUUAACAUUCAAGGUCCGAGCACCAGCAACGAGUUCGCGCUAUAGCUACAGCAAUGGCGGAGAUGCGGCUGGUGCUCAAGGUGGCUAUGGAGCUCCAUUCCUGGAUGCCGUGAAGACUUCCAAAACGCGUUUUGUGAACAAUGCACUGGGUUUGCUGGGCUUUGGCAAAGGCACUGCUCAAGGCAACUUUUAUGGUAGCUCUCAGCUGCAGUUGUCUGCGUUUGGCAAGUGCGCCCCACUCUUGCUGCCACAAAAUGUGCUCUACCGCUGCGAUAAUGUCGGCAAGUGCCAAGUUUAUUGUCCGGAUGGUUACACCUUUAAUCAGCACACCAAAGUGCUGGAUUUGUUUUGCAGCGGCAAUGAUGGCUGGAUUGUCCGCGACUCCGAGUAUACGAAGAUACCGCCUUGUCAGGCUAUUUGUAUGCCACAGUGUGAGAAUAAUGGCAUCUGCUUGCAAUCUGGUUUGUGUCAGUGUGCCGAGAACUAUUACGGUCCGUUAUGUCAAUAUAAGAAAUCAGUGUGUGCCGCCAAGCCAAUUUUGCCAAAGAACUCGAAAAUUAGCUGCAAGCAAAAUAUGUGCAAUGCCCAAUGUAUGCGUGGAUUUCAGUUUCCGGAUGGUAGCAGCAUUACCAACAUUGAAUGCCGCGAUGGCCAAUGGAUUCACACCAAAACUGGACUUAACAAAGUCCCCGACUGUGGGCCAACCUGUACGCCAGCCUGCCAGAAUAACGGUCAAUGUAUCAGCGCCAAUGUAUGCCAGUGCUCAAAGAUGCAUCGUGGUGCCUUCUGUCAAUAUAGCAUAACCAGCUGUAAUGUAACCAACACAAAUUUCAAUGGUAACUACAAGUGCGCCUAUGAUAGGGACGAGGCACGCUGCACUUUUACCUGCCCGGAAGUGCCUGGCUUGAGGGUGGAGGGACGCUUGAAUAUUGAAUAUAGAUGUCCAUAUCAAACGGGUGUAUAUGCACCAGCUCCGUUGCCUAGGUGCAUUUAUCCACCUGGCUAUAGCAUGACAGGGAGUAACACUCAAAUUUCGCACUCCCAGCAAGCAGGACGCACUUACCAUGGCGCCUUUAGCGGAGAGGUUAGAUCUGAGCUACGAAGCCAGCGUGAGAUAUUGCUCGCUUUGCUAGCCAAGUACAAGGAUCUGGAACAUAGAAGCGAGUGGUGGUCGUCGGAGGAAACCAUAUCAACGCCGGGUAGCUAUUCCUUGUAUAUCAGCAGUGAAAAGAAUUUGGUUAUAGAUAAAACGCCCAGAUCGGCCAUGUGCACCACCUGGGGUGGCAUUAAUAUGAAGACCUUUGAUGGAUUGGUGUUUAAAGCGCCUUUGUCCUGUUCACACACUUUGAUCAUGGAUAAAGUAUCUGGAACAUUCGAUAUAACUUUGAAGGCGUGUCCUUACGGCUCUGGCUAUGGCUGUGCACAUACUCUAAAGAUCUUAUGGCAAUCGGUGCUCUAUACUUUGGAGAACUUAAAUGGCACAAUGCGUAUGAGCACACCAACUAAACAGCUGCCCAUACCUGUGCAGGUGAUGGGCAUGAAGGUUUUGCCUGUAGCGCAACAUGUGCAAAUCGAACUGGAGUCCAUUGGUCUUAAGUUGGACUGGGAUCACCAUCAGUAUGUGGCAGUGCACGCUGGGCCGGCCAUGUGGGGAAAAGUUGGUGGUCUUUGUGGCACGCUCGAUGGCGACUACAACAAUGAUUUAAUGUCUAAGACGGGCAAGAAGUUGGAAACUAUUAAAGCCUUUGCGGAUGCCUGGCAUGUGGAUGACAGCAAUGAAAUGUGCCGCGUGGAAAACGCUGCUGAGCUAGAGUUCGGCAUGGAGUCCUGCGAGCAAAGCAAGCUGCAAAAGGCAGUGGGCAUCUGUGAGCGCUUGCUGGCUAAUGAAAAGCUAAGCGAUUGCAUUAAGCCGUUUAACUACGAGGCGUUGAUACGCAGUUGCGUUGAGGAUUACUGCAACUGUGCGAAACGUGAUCAGCCCGAGAGCUGCAACUGUGAUGCAAUUGCUAUGCUAGCCAAGGAAUGCAUGUUUAAGGGCGUACAAUUGCAGCACGGCUGGCGCAAUUUAGAAAUUUGCCCUAUCAGCUGCGGCUUUGGUCGUGUCUAUCAUGCCUGUGGCCCUGAGGUGGAGCCCACUUGUGAGUCGGAUGUGAUGACCAUUGCGACCGGCAAAGGUAAAUGCAACGAGGGGUGCUUCUGUCCCGAGGGCACAGUGCAGUACAAAGAUGCUUGCAUUACGCGCGAGUUGUGUCCUUGCACUCUGCGCGGUCGUGAGUUCAAGCCAGAGGCUACGGUCAAAAAGAACUGCAAUACCUGCACCUGCAAAGAUGGACAAUGGAAAUGCACGGAUGACAAGUGUGGUGCGCGUUGUGGCGCCAUAGGUGAUCCUCAUUACCAAACUUUUGAUGGCAAGCGUUACGAUUUCAUGGGCAAGUGCUCCUACUACUUGGUAAAGUCUGGAAAUCUUUCCGUGGAGGCAGAAAAUGUCGCCUGCUCGGGCGCAGUGUCCGAAGCUCUUAGCUAUGCAGCACCCGAUGAUCCUUCCUGCACCAAGUCCGUCACCAUACGCUUCCUGCUGCGUGAUGGCACGCCGACCACUAUCAAGCUUGAUCAGGGCCUAAACACUGUUGUCAAUGAUAAGCCCAUAGCCAAGCUGCCCAAGAUGCUGGGCAUAGGAGAGGUGCUCAUACGACGCGCUAGCUCCACAUUUUUAACGGUUGAGUUUGCCGGCGGCAUACGCGUCUGGUGGGAUGGCGUAUCGCGUGUGUAUAUUGAUGCACCACCCAGUAUGCGUGGAGAGACACAAGGAUUGUGUGGCACAUUCAACUCGAAUACGCAGGAUGAUUUCCUUACACCCGAAGGCGAUGUGGAAACUGCUGUGGAAGCAUUUGCGGACAAGUGGCGCACAAAGGACACUUGCCAGUUCGGGGCGGAGACACCUCAAGGGCCGCAUCCCUGUUCCCUGAGUCCGGAGAAGAAGGUCGUGGCGGAGAAGCACUGCGAGUGGCUGCUCCAGGAAGUAUUCCAGGAGUGUCAUUUCAUGGUUGAGCCGGAACAGUACUAUGAGAAUUGCUUGUACGACACCUGCUCCUGUAAGGACGCUCCAGAGAAGUGCUUCUGUCCCAUACUCUCCGCCUACGGCACGGAGUGUAUGCGUCAGGGCGUUAAGACUGGUUGGCGCAUGUCGGUCAAGGAGUGUGCUCCCAAGUGUCCCAUGGGUCAGGUGUAUGAUGAAUGCGGUGAUGGCUGCGCUCUAAGCUGCGAUGAUUUGCCCAGCAAGGCCAGCUGCACUAGGGAAUGCGUCGAGGGCUGCCGCUGUCCACAUGGCGAGUACAUAAAUGAUGAGGGCGUCUGUGUGCCCAAGCACAAGUGUCACUGCAGCUUUGACGGCAUGACCUUCCGUCCGGGAUACAAGGAGGUGCGUCCUGGCGAAAAGUUCAUAGACCUGUGUACUUGUAUGGAUGGCGUUUGGGACUGCCAAGAUGCUGAUCCAGGCGAUGAUAUCAAAUAUCCACCUUCCUCGGAGCUGCGCAGCAAGUGCGCCAAGCAACCCUAUGCCGAGUUUACCAAGUGCGCACCCAAAGAGCCCAAGACCUGCAAGAACAUGGACAAAUACGUGGCAGACUCCACGGAAUGCCUGCCCGGCUGCGUCUGUAUGGCGGGCUACGUGUUUGACACCACGCGCCAGGCUUGUGUACUGCCCCAGAACUGCUCAUGUCAUCAUGCUGGUAAGAGCUACGAUGAUGGCGCUAAGAUCAAGGAGGAUUGCAAUUCGUGCGUCUGCCAAGCCGGUAACUGGAAGUGCUCCACCGAAGGCUGCGAAUCCGUCUGCAGCGUCUGGGGUGACUCACACUUUACCACCUACGAUGGCCAUGACUACGAUUUCCAAGGCGCCUGCGAUUACGUGCUCUCCAAGGGCGUCUUUGACAAUGGCGAUGGCUUCACAAUAACCAUACAGAAUGUACUUUGCGGCACCAUGGGUGUGACCUGCUCCAAGUCCUUGGAAAUCGCGCUCAGUGGCCGCGUGCAGGAGUCUUUGCUACUUAGCAAAGACGCCACCUACAGUGUGGAUCCCAAUAAGUCGGCUAUUAAGAAGCUGCGCGACAGUGUGAAUAGCAAAGGUCACAAUGCCUUCCACGUUUAUAAGGCUGGAGUAUUUGUUGUCGUGGAGAUAAUUCCGAUCAAGUUGCAGGUGAAGUGGGACGAGGGUACGCGGGUUUAUGUAAAGUUGGGCAACGAGUGGCGCAACAAGGUGAACGGACUAUGUGGCAACUAUAAUGGCAACAGCCUGGACGAUAUGCAGACGCCUUCGCUGGGCCUGGAGACAAGUGCUCUGCUGUUCGGACAUUCCUGGAAGCUGCAGCCGCAUUGCGCAGCGCCAGUGGCCCCAAUCGAUGCCUGCCGUAAGCAUCCGGAGCGAGAGACUUGGGCGCAGCUGAAGUGUGGCGCUUUGAAAUCGGAACUGUUUGCGCCUUGUCACGCCGAGGUGCCGCUGGAGCGUUAUCUGAAGCGCUGCAUUUUCGACACAUGUGCAUGCGAUCAGGGUGGCGACUGCGAGUGUCUUUGCACGGCCGUUGCGGCCUAUGCUGAUGCCUGCGCCCAAAAGGGCAUCAACAUACGCUGGCGUACGCAGCACUUCUGUCCCAUGCAAUGUGAUCCACACUGCUCCGACUAUAAGGCCUGCACGCCAGCUUGCGCUGUAGAGACUUGCGACAAUUUCCUGGAUCAGGGCAUAGCGGAACGCAUGUGCAAUCGCGAGAAUUGCAUUGAGGGCUGCCACAUCAAGCCUUGCGAGGCUGGCUAUAUCUAUUUGAACGAUACCUAUCGCGACUGUGUGCCCAAGGCGGAGUGCAAGCCCGUUUGCAUGGUCAAGGAUGACAAGACCUACUACGAAGGCGACAUCACAUUCCAGGACGAAUGCGCCACAUGUCGCUGCUCGAAACGCAAGGAAAUCUGCAGCGGCGUCAAGUGCGAUGACCCGGCGCUAGUCACGCAGCCACCAGUUAUAGAAGGCAUCACGGAAAGACCUAUGGCCACGCAGAACUCAACCAAGUGCGUGCUGGGUUGGACGCGUUGGUUUGACAAGGAUGCGGAUGCCUCAGAGAAGACGGUACGUCUGAACGAUGAGGAGAAGCUACCGCGCUAUGAUCGCCUCGAGAGUGUCUAUGGCACCUGUCUAAAGCAGUACAUGACCAAGGUGGAGUGUCGCGUCAAAAACACGCAUGAACCCCCGGAGCAGAUGGAUGAGAAUGUGGUCUGCAGCCUGGCGGAGGGCCUGCGUUGCAUUGGCAAGUGCCAUGACUACGAGCUGCGCGCUUUUUGUCAAUGCGAGGGUGAGGAGGCGCCUACUACACCAGCGCCCGUGGAGCAGCCAAAGAUUGGCAGCGACUGCGAUGUGGGGCUUGUGGAGUAUAAGGAAUAUCCCGGUGAUUGCCACAAGUUCCUGCACUGCCAACCCAAGGGCGUUGAGGGUGGUUGGGUCUAUGUGGAGAAGACCUGCGGCGAGUUCAUGAUGUUCAAUCCGGUUAUGUUCUUCUGUGAUCACAUUGCCACCGUGCAGGAGUUGAAUCCCAAAUGCGGCAAACCCAAGCUUGAGACAGAUUUGGAGCAAUGUGAUGAGGGCAAAGUCUGGUCCGACUGCGCCAAUCAAUGCGAACAUACUUGCCACUACUUUGGCAGCAUUCGGCGCAAGCGUGGUCUCUGCCAGGCCGACGAGCAUUGUAAACCUGGAUGUGUAGACAAACUGCGCCCAGACUGCCCUAAACUGGGCAAAUUUUGGCGCGACGAAGACACCUGCGUGCAGUCCGAUGAAUGUCCCUGCAUGGACUCCUCUGAAAAGUAUGUGCAACCUCAUCAGCCAGUUAUUUCCGAUCUCGAGAUUUGCCAGUGCAUGGACAACGCGUUCACUUGCAUAAUCAACAAGCUCGAAUCACCGCCAGCGACAGAGACACCGGAGAUCUUUGAACCUAUUGUGCCCAUUGUACCUAUCACACUCUCGCCCCCACUGCACUGCGCUCCAGAGCGAUUGAUACCAAUGGUUGAGAAUGGCGCACAGUCUUUGCCCGACAUGAUUUUUAAUGCCAGCUCACAGCUGGCGCCAGAGCAUGCGCCGCAAAAGGCGCGACUGCGCAAGCAAAAUGAUGGAUGCUGGAUGCCACAGAUAAAUGAUCAAAUGCAAUACCUGGAACUGAACUUUGGACACCCUGAGCCAAUUUAUGGUGUGGUCAUGGCAGGUAGUCCCGACUUUAACAACUAUGUGACGCUCUUUAAGAUACUGCAUAGCCAUGAUGGCAUUGCCUAUCACUAUCUGGUGGACGAAACAGAGAAGCCACAAAUGUUCAAUGGACCGCUGGACUCGCGUGCGCCAGUACAAACUCUUUUCAAGAUACCUAUCGAAGCCAGCUCGCUGCGCAUAUAUCCCUUGAAAUGGCAUGGCUCCAUUGCUAUGCGCGUGGAGUUAUUGAUUUGUGGUGAAGUGUCCACGGAGCUGCCACCCUUGACGUUGCCGACGAGCACCGAGCAUCCGCCCAUGCACAUGGAGCAGGAGUGCAUGGAUGAGCUGGGCGUUGACAAGGGUGUAAUGCAUGAGCAGCAGCUAAGGGCAAGCAGUCUCUGGCAGCCAACAGCGAAGAAACCACAUCUGGUGGAACUACUAAAGUUGUCGACACCAACGGCGUGGCGUCCACUCGCCAACUCACUUAACGAGUUUAUUGAAUUUGAUUUCCUAGAUCCACGCAAUGUAUCUGGCUUCGUAACCAAAGGCGGUGCUGAUGGCUGGGUAACUGGCUACAAAGUUUUGUUCUCUAAGCAUAAGCCCACCUGGAAUACAGUGCUGGCGCCCAACGGACAGCCACGCAUUUUUGAGGCUAAUGUGGAUGCACAUACGCCACGCACGCAUCAUUUCAAGAAACCUCUGCUGACGCAGUACAUCAAACUGGUGCCCAUCAAGUGGGAACGCAAUAUUAAUAUGCGCAUAGAGCCCUUGGGCUGCUUCAAGCCAUAUCCUGUGGUUAAGGAGGAAAUUAAGGAGACUUUGGUGGAGCCCAGCACUUGCAAUGUGUGCACUGGCAUUGCUGCCCCUAGCGACAAGAGCAAGUGUCUCUGCAGUCCUGAGCUCUACUGGGAUGGCGCCAAAUGUGUCCAGCGUAAUCUGUGUCCUUGCGUGGAGAACUAUGUGAGCUAUCCCAUUGGUAGCAUGUUUGAGAACGCUGCUUGCGAGGAAUGCGUCUGCGUUUUGGGUGGACGCCACAAUUGUAAGCCCAAGAAAUGCCCCAACUGCGAGCAGCGUCAUCUGCGUCCAAUCAUAACAAGCGAUUGCUUCUGCAAGUGUGAGCCUUGUCCCAAGCAGCAGCGUUUGUGCCCCUCUAGCGGGGACUGCAUACCCGAGGUGCUUUGGUGCAAUGGCGUGCAGGACUGUGCGGAUGAUGAGGAUGCCAGCUGUCGGGAUUCGUUUACUGUGGAGCCGGACUAUAAGCGCGAGAAGAAUGAGACUACUGUUAUCACCUGCCCAGCGCCUGUUUGUCCACCACAAAUGAAGCUUAAAAUUAUUGAGAAGAAGGCGCGCAAAAUGUCCAAGAUCUUUACCUUCCAUAAGCAGGUCUCCAUUGUGGAUGAUGGUGUUAGCAUUACCAAGACCAAGUUUGUGUCGUCUAAAGAGCAACUGCUGGCUAUGCCACAUGCUGAUGCAGAGUACCAGGAGGAGGAGGAGUGCAGCGAAUUCACUUGUGUGCCCAUACCCAACAAGGAGGUAAACAAAAAUGAAACCAUUACCUGCGUCGAGCCCAAGUGUCCCGAGAAAUACGAUAUCGAGCUCGACAUGAGCAACUCCAAGGCGGGCGAUUGCCUCAAAUACACCUGCGUGCUGCGUCCCAACAAGGAUGACGUUUGCGAAAUCAGCGGCAAGAGCUUCACAAGCUUCGAUGGCACUAUCUUCAAGUAUAGUCCCUGCAGUCACAUCUUGGCGAGAGACAUACACAAUAGCAGCUGGAGUAUAUCAGUGCAUCAGCAGUGCAGCGACGAGUCACGUAAAGUGUGCCAUAAGGUGGUCACCAUACAGGAUCUGCAGGCAGGCAAUCAGCUGGUGCUCUUGCCGCAGUUGAAGCUCAAGUUCAAUGGCUUUGACUUUACGGUGGAGCAGCUCAUCAACUCGCCCAUAUGCAAAGCCUCCUUUGUGGUCUCACAGCCUGGCAAAACCCUGCUGGCUGUGUCCACUAAAUAUGGCUUUUGGGUGCAGCUAGAUGACAUUGGCAUAGUCAAAGUAGGCAUCUCCUCCAAGUUCUUGCGCACUGUUGACGGCCUAUGUGGUUACUAUAACGGCAACCCUAAGGAUGAUAAGCGCACGCCCGAUGGCCAAGUGUUGGCCAAUACGGAGAAGUUUGGCAACAGCUGGUACGACAAGCGCAUACCCAAGGAACAGUGUGGCGAUCUGAAGUGCAGUCGACAACUGCAGGCCAAGGCGCUGCAACUAUGCAGCAUUAUCAAUCAUCCAAGCUUUGGCAUGUGUCAUAAGGCUGUCAACUACAAACAGUUCUCGAACAACUAUUGCCUGGAGGCUGCCUGCGAUUGUCUGCAGGCCAACAAUGGCGAUGCGAGCGCUUGCAAGUGCAGCAUACUGGAGAGCUUUGUGAAGAAAUGUUUGAGCGUGAACCCGUUGGUGCAGCUCAGCACCUGGCGUGCAGUGCAUCAGUGCGACAUCAGCUGUCCGGAGAACUCGGUGCACACAGACUGCUACAAGCGACGCUGCGAGCCUUCCUGUGAUAAUUUGCACAGCGACGAUUGCCCUGUGCUGCCGGAUGUCUGCUUCCCAGGCUGCUACUGCCCAGAGGGCACAGUGCGCAAGGGACCGCAUUGUGUACCCAUUGCCGACUGCAAGGAUUGUGUGUGCAAGGCUCUGGGCAGCUCCAAGUACAUGACGUACGAUCGCAAGAGUUUCAGCUUUAACGGCAAUUGCACGUAUCUAAUAUCGCGGGAUGUGGUGCUGCCAGGCGUGCACACGUUCGAGGUGUAUGCGAGUAUGGAUGACUGCAAGCAGUUGGGCUUACCCAACGCCAUCGAAGGCGGCACCUGUGCCAAGACACUGCAUAUACUGAAUGGGGAUCAUCUUAUACAUGUACAGCGUCCAGCCAAGCAGCUCAAGGCCUUGCAGCUGCUUGUCGAUGGCUUUGAAGUGAAGCAGCUGCCAUACAAGGACAGCUGGAUAACAGCCCGUCAAGUGGUGGGCAAGGAGCUGGUGAUAACGCUCCCUGAAUCACAUGUGGAACUUACAGCAGCCUUUGAGGAUUUGACUUUUACGCUGAGCGUGCCAAGCAUUAAGUAUGGCAGCAAGCUGGAGGGUCUCUGCGGUGAUUGCAAUGAAGAUGCUGGCAAUGAUAUGCAGCCGAACCCUGCAAAGCAUAAGCCUGGCAUGGAUGUCAUAGAAAGCUGGCAGGCCGAUGAGCCCAAGCUGGGCUUGACUGAUGCUCAGCAGUGUCUGAGCGCGGCGCCGCCCAAGGACAACUGCGUAGCACUGCCGAAGGAGAAGGAUCCGUGCCAGCAGUUCAACGAUGAGCAGCUGUUCGGCAAGUGUUCACUUGUCGUAGAUCCCUCGCCUUACGUGAGUGCCUGCCAGCAGGAUUUGUGCAAGCCUGGCAAUAGUCAGCAGGGCGUCUGCAUGUCAUUGGCCGCCUAUGCCAAGGAGUGCAACAAGCAGGGCAUCUGCACAAACUGGCGUCACCCGGAGCUCUGUCCCUAUGACUGCCCCAGCGACAUGGAAUACCAGGCUUGUGGCUGUGCCAUGAACUGUGAUACCAUCAAGGCGCUCUCCGACUUCGAUGCGGUCAAUGUGAAGACACAGGCAGUGUUCCAUACUCUCAGCAGCGAUGAAAUGUGCCUCAGCUCGGAGCGUUUCGAAGGCUGCUUCUGUCCCACCGGUCAAGUCAUGGACAACGGCAAGUGCAUACCAGAGGCGGCAUGCAACAAAUGUGACGAUGGCCUGCACUUGCCUGGUGACAAGUGGCAGCAGGACAAGUGCACCGACUGUGCGUGUGAUCUUAAGGGCAAGAGCACGUGCGUUCAGAAGAAGUGUCAGGUGGAGGAAAACAUCUGCGCUGAGGGCUACAAGCCCUCAGUCAUUGCCAGCGUUGAAGAGUGCUGUCCGCGAUAUCGUUGCGUGCCCGAAACCAAAACGUCGGCCAAACUUUGCCUGGAGCCCAUGAUGCCAGUCUGCGGGCCAGGACAAUUCAAGAAGCAAAAAACUGAUGUCAACGGCUGUCCACAGUACAUAUGCGAAUGCAAGCCAAAGGAGGAGUGUGAUCCUCUGCUGCCGCCUCGUGUGCUGCUGCCUGGUGAGCAGUUGGUUAAGGUGGAGGAGGGCUGCUGCCCCACACAGAAGAUUGUGUGCAAGUCGGAACAGUGUCCAGCAGCACCUGAUGUCUGCCUGCAACGCUUCUACGAGGUUAGCACAGUACAUCCUGCAGAUGCCUGUUGUCCCACACAUAAAUGCGUACCCCCUAAGAGCCUCUGCAUAGUGAAAUACGAAGAAAGUACCGCCAGCAGCUUUACCAAGCAGAUUGGCGACAAGUGGCAGCAUGCCAAGGAAGUGUGCAAGCAGGAGCAGUGCGCCUAUGGUCCUGAUGGCAAUGCUCAGGUCGUUAGCACACUGGAACGCUGUGAUACCGACUGCCCGACUGGCCAUAGCUAUCAAAAGCUGGACAAGAGCAAAUGCUGUGGCGAGUGCGUGCAGACCGCUUGCAUAUUCGAGGAGAAACUCUAUGAACCCAACGCGUCAUGGAGCUCGCCAGACAAUUGUACGCACUACCUUUGCCUGCAAAAUGACAAACUACUUAUGGUCAGCUCCUCCGUGGAUGUCUGCCCAGAUGUGACCAAUUGUCCCAAGCAUUUGCUGCAUGCGGAGGGCUGCUGCAAGUACUGCAAAGACGAGCCUGUUGUUGAAAAUCUAUCUACGUGCCUGCCUGUUUCGCGUGCUGAGGCAGAGACCAAGGAGCUAAUUAAGUUUACCAAACCUGGUCAUGGUAUUUGUGUCAAUGCCGAGCCCAUCAAGGGCUUUACGGACUGUGAGGGCAGCUGUAGCUCUGGCUCCAAGUACAACACCUUAACGGAUGUGCAUGAAAAGUUCUGCACCUGCUGCAGCAUCAAGUCCUAUAAAACCAUAUCCGUGAAAAUGAUGUGUGCUGAUAGUUUCAGUUACACGCAACGCCAUGAGGUGCCUUCGAAUUGCGGUUGCUCGCCUUGCUCGGAGUUCUCAGAUAGCCUCAUAGAUGUGCGCAUGCAAGGAACACGUCCUGCAAACAGUCCCUUGAUUCAGUUGCUUGGUCAUUAAGCGAUACUUGACCAAGAUUACCCUUAAGUUAUAAUA